AUGGUGUCCAGUCGUAACAGCCAAACGAGCAUCGAAUCUUCGGCAUUGGCAAAAUUUCUACAAACGCUGAAUGUUGGGCAUUCAUCAGUACAAAUCGUUGUGGAUAAUGCCAGACCCACUGCUCUAGACAGACAUAUCAUCGGAGGAGGAGAACAAUCUCGAGAAUCUCAAGAUAGUACUGCUACGACUAAAACAAGAAGACCACACGGCAGCAAUGAUGCUUCUCUUGGAAAGAAACGCAGACGGAGAGUUUCCUUCAACUACAAGAUUCGUGUGGUAAACUGCUCCGCUCUCACCAACACAGAUGAACUAUUUUACACAGAGAAAGAGUACAAGAAGAUGAAGAAGGAAAUCAAAGCCACCCUCCUUCGGCAUAUGAUGGAAGACGAAUCGUCGUCGUCCAACGACGAUGACACCAUUGAUUGUAUGAGAGGAAUCGAAACACACCUCGAAGAUGCCAGGGCUGCCAAGAAUCGGGCACGAUUGCGUGCUUGCUUAGCAGUCUUGACGGAACAAAAACGCCAACUUCUAGAGGAUGGCAAUGUGAUUCCCAUGGACGGACAAGAGUUGUCUCGUCGCUACCAACAGGUAUCACUGGAAUGCCAAUGGGAGGCAAUCCAACGGGGAUUGAAGGAUUGGGUGGACAUUUGCCCUCCUUCCUACAAAUCAACUACUCAAGACCAGACCCCCAUUGGAUACGAGUUUGGAGUAGCAGCUCCUACCAUCUGCCCAAAGAUCCGAGCCAUCUCAUCAUUUGCGGCUUGA